CAAUGAGCUUAAUGUUCUGAAACAAAUGGGAAUCGUGAAGACGGUAAAAAUUGAAAAUGGAGAAAAAUUGGUCACUAAUGAGUUCUUAAUUAACCAAUCGAAUAUUUGCAAGGUCUUAGGUAAGAUAAACAAGAACUCCAUAGACUUGUUUGAAAAAAUCAGCAACAUAACAUACGUUAGAAAGAAGUUCUUGAAUAAGAACCUUGCAAGUAUUGUCUACACUUAUCCAACAGUGAUACAAUUAAUACUCGAUAUAUUAAAGACCAUUGGACUAAUCAAUUUGACAAAAAGCGGUAAGUUUACCAAUAAGUUGAUCAACCAAUUUAAGAACUUGUCUAUUAUCAUCGAUGAACUAUACGAACAUCACCAAGUGUUCAAUUCUCAAUUGGUGCUAAACUUAUAUUUAAACUGUACCAUGGUCGCUGACCAACUUAAUUUGCCCACCAUCACAUUCGAAUUCUUCAACAAGUGUUUCAUCGUUUAUGAGGAAACUUUAAUGGUAGGUCAAGGGCAGGGUUCUGUGCAUGGCCGUGGUAUUAACCCCCAAGAUUCUAUGAACCACAACUCUAUCCAGUAUCAAUCCAUUUUGUUAAUCUUGAAUAAGUUGAACUUCACCAGAAACUUGCCUCGUGAGGAUUAUCAAUCGUUGAUCACCAAAUUGACAUUAUAUGGUUCCAAACUCCUCAAAAAGCAAGAUCAAUGCCGAUCCAUUUACAAUUGCGGGCAUCUAUUCUGGUGGACCGAGACUUUGGAAACCAAUCAGACCAUUGAAUUAUUCAAGGAUGAUAAGAGAGUCUUGGAGUGUCUUCAAAAGUCCUUGAGGGUGGCGGACUCAUGUAUCGAUCCGUACUUGUCGCUUAAGCUUUUUAUUGAGAUCUUGAACAAAUGUUUGGUGUUCAAUAUCCAUGGCAAUACCUUGGUGAACGAUAAUUACAUAAAUGGUUUAAUUGAGUUGAUCUACAACAAUAUUGAGAACCUCAACAAUGACUACGACUUGAAGGAUACUGAAGACCAAGAAUACCGAUUAUUCAAAUCUUUGGAAGAAUAUUUUUCCCGUACCUUGCAAUACAUUGAAAUGCAAAAGGAGGAAGAGAGGCUCGAAGAUAUCGUCACCAAAUUAACAGUAUGAGAAGUUUGUUAGCUACAUAGCGUAAACACUGAGUCGCAUUUUUAUUUGUGUUUAAACCGUAAUCCAAGGACUGCUUAUCUAAUAACCCGAACACUAACAAUGGGAAAGCACAGAGAGCUAACUUUACUCCAUUGUAUUCAGUAUGGUAACCUGAGACUUCCUGAUAACACGCUAAUUGUCGAGACGCCAAACCUUAAAUUGUCUUUUCCAAACAAUGAUUUGAAACUGACGUACGGCUCCAAGAAAUGUGGUUAUAAGUCUGGCAAAAUCCCUAUCAAUCCAUUUAAACAUAAGGCCCGCACUAUGAGAGUCCUUUCAUUUCUAGGUAUCUUCGGCCUCUUAGUCUUGAAUGUCUUCCUGUUGAACCCCCACCACUUUGCAGGUUCUCUUGGAAAUCUUGCUGAUAAGGGAAUUUUACCCAAUAAUUACCAUGCAUUGAGCUUUUUCAAAGCCUCGGGAGUAAAUUCUGCUACUACCAGUAACAGUUCAUAUGUUGAGAAGUUUGAGGUCACUUAUCCAGAUGUCGUCAACCCAAGUUACGGGAAAUCUUUGCAACACGAACUAUUGUUCAAUCACACAUUUGGAAACUCAUAUGGCUCUCCUUUUGUGACCACUUAUACACCUCCUUCGGGCAUUGAGUUCAACAGAGUUGUGUUGACAUUGGAUACGUAUGUGUCGGGAGUACAAUAUGAUCGGUUAGCCCAUUUAUUUGUGAGUGGUGUGGAAGUGUGGAGAACAUCGACUAUUGAGCCAGGAGGAAAACCAUCCCACUCCAACUUCGUCAAAGAUGUUAGUGACUACGCUAUUCUAUUCCAGGACGAGGCCACGCUCCUGUUUAGCUUGGGAAACAUUGUCAACGACAAGUACACAGGGUCAUUUGAACUAAACAUGUACAUUGACUAUUACUAUGAUGAGACGGUGGGUUCGCAGUUUGGGCCAGUCCCAGACAUUAAUGACAUUACUGACUUGAUCCUCACAAACACUUUGCCCUCGAAGAUAGUUAGUUUGGGAUCAACAAGUGAGUCACUGCCCCAGAUCCUGUUACCAGACACCCAAUUCAUUGCACAAUUACCGGAAUUGAACACGAACACUUCCAAGUUGCGGUUGUCGAUUUUCACUUCAGGGAACUCUCAGGAAGAGUUCUGGUAUACUAACAUUCUCGAUGCUUAUGUAUCUGGUUUUGCAGCUGAAGGGGUGGAGUUUUAUGGACAUGGCCCUAUUCGCCAUGUUGAGGUUUAUUUUGAUGGUCAGAUAGUUGCAGCCGUUGCACCUGAUCCAGUCAUCUUCACUGGGGGUAUUUCACCAUCGUUGUGGUCUCCUGUGGUUUCCAACGAUGCCUUUGACUUGAAGCCCAUCAACAUUGAGUUGACAGUCUUGUUACCCAAAAUCCAGGCUAAUCCGGACGGAAAAUUAGAAAUCAAAAUUGAUAAUGGUGUGGACCAUAAGCUGGUAGGUUCCAACUGGAUCACAACUGCCAACCUUCAUGUGUGGGAAAAUAGUCAUGUGGAGUCUAGUACUGGAUCAUCUUCGCAGGCUUUAACUAAUAGGUACUGUACCCAAAUUGUCAUCAAUUCGACUUCUUUACACCAAACAUUAGUGUGUGAGGACGAUGUGAAGCUUCACAGCAGUCUUUCAUUCACUCUUGCGGACUCACUGGUUGUGUCUGGGCCUGUGGAAUUAGAGUUCAAAACUAGCACUACCAACAUUCAGAUAAUCUCCUCUGAUGGACUCGAUCAGAGUGUUGUCCAUACCGGAAACACCAAAAUGACCGUCGGGGUUGGAAGUCUGUACGAAAACAUAGAGUUCACUUAUCCAUUAGUUCUUGACACAUUGACAACAACUAAUGGGUCUGAUGUCACUUUUACCGUUAACAUUACCGAUGUGAAUGUGUAUUCCGAGAAAGGAUUUGGAGGACUGCAGUUAGAACACACCUCGGGGCAAAAUGGUACGUCUGUGUUUGUGGUUUCUUCCAGCGGUAAUCAUGGAACUGGCACAACCGAAACCAAGUAUCGUUAUAAAAAUCUGCAAGGUGGAAUUGACUAUAAGAGGAGAGUAAUUGCCCAAAAUGGAGCUAUUGUCCUCGAUGAGAACUGAGAUCGUUAAUUCGUACGUAUAUAAGGACAUUAAUAGCGUAAUCUAACCAAAUCCGGCCCAUUCGAUAGAGAACGUAAUAUUGAACGUUGGGUCUGUUUCGUCAGGCUCCAGAAUCACAUAUAAUUUCUUGACACCGGUGGCCAAACGGCCACUUACAAUUAAGCUGUAGAAAUUCACUUCACUCACAGGAUGGACGAUCACGUGGGAAUGGUACCGAAGUGGGUCACCUGGAUAUGCUAUGAACUCACCGCCAAACUUCAAUCCAGGAAGCAAGUAGUAUCCCUGGUGUUUUAGCUGACAGAAUAUCGAAUAUGAACUGGGAUUGGCUUUACGUCUGAUAACCUCAAUAUCGACUGCCUCGAGCUCACUAGGCUCGUUGUUGUACUGGGUGUAGAAAUAAGGCUCUUUGUGGUUAUUUAUCCUGGUAAUUCCCUUGUGUUUGACGAGGUUAGCCUGACGGUUAUCCACAAGCCAUAAAAUCUCGUAGGGUGAAAGCUUCAACGGAAGGCCCAAGAAACUGUUCUGUUGGGGAGCAGCUGCCAAAGAGCCCAUAAAAUUCCCAAGAAUCCCAAGGUUCCGUAGCUGUUUCACCACAUUCACGUCGAAAACCAACACAUCGGAAUCAAUGACGGCUAGAUCCAACAUCUCAUCAGU